AUGCCGUUUGUAAAUUUAAGCCGUGUCGAUAUUUCUGUUUCAGGUUUCACAAUGCAAAAGCUGCACAAUCGGACUCUUCACUUGCACGUGUUCGAUUACGAUCGGUUCUCCAGAGACGAUUCCAUUGGCGAGACAUACAUCGAGUUGAACAACGUUGACUUUACGGCGAAACCGGUAUUUUGGAAGGAUCUCACGGCUCCUUUAAAGGACAAGUGCGGACAUUUGUUGACUUCGUUGUCUUACAACCCGAUGACCAACAAUCUGACACUCGGCAUCAUUGAGGCCAGGAACCUCAAGGCUAUGGACAUAAAUGGAAAAUCUGGUGAGUCUUUUUGCUUCUUCUCUCGACCGAACCCAAAAAUAAUAUUAAUUCCACCGAGCAGACGUCGUGGUUUUCGGAGUUUAGCGAAAUAUUAUUUCUUUGGCUCGGUGCAAGAAGGGCCCAGGUAA